CUGCGCAUGCAGCCUGCUGCCCGAUAACCUAAGCCCAGCCCCGGCGCAGACCCUAACUCAGCCCGCUCCCCCUCCCCCCCAGCUGACACAGUAACCCGAAACCCGGGCGGGCGCGGAGUUCCAGCGUCCUCCGGCAGCAGGAGCAGCUGGCGAAGGGAGGGGACAGGGAGGAGUGGAAGAGGGAGAAGAGGAGCGGGGUGCUCCCGCCUGGCUCCAGCACUUAGGCGGCUGGGUCUCAGUCGAGCGCAGGGCCCGGUGAGCGGAGCAGCCAUGAACAGGCUGGGGCGGAAGGACAAUGAGACCCUCAUAGAGAUGUCGCUGGCCACGGAUGAUAAUAUUGCAGUUCUCACCAAGUUCAAGCCAUCAAGGUCAGCAGGGGAAGAUAGCAAUGGACCUUUGUGUGAAACUAUUUCAAACACAGAAUCAGAACUUCCAAGCAACUCUGAGGGCCUAAGCAGCACUGAGACUUCUUUACUCAUCCCUGAUCAUCAAGUGACAGGAAGGAGAUACAAUCUGUUCCUGAAGCGACGUCUCAGGAUUAACAAGAGACACCAAAGCAAAGAUUCUGUUUUCUUCAGGGAUGGUGUCCGACGAAUUGACUUUGUACUUUCUUAUCUGGAUGAUCCAAAUAAAGAAGAGGAAAAGAAGGCGGAAAGAAGGCGAGAAUUUGAGAAGAAUCUACAAAAGGCUGGUCUGGAACUAGAAACAGAAGACAAAAAGGAAUCUGAAGAUGGCAAAACUUAUUUUGUGAAGAUCCAUGCCCCAUGGGAGGUUCUGAUCACAUAUGCUGAAGUGCUGAACAUUAAAGCACCCAUCAAGGAAAAUGAUAUUCCCCCUACUGUAGAGAACCCAUUGGACUGUAUGCUUGGACCAUUUAGACUACCGGAGAAGGUGAUGCACCCUGAACCAGACUACUUCACGGCACCCUUCAGCAAAAGUAGGCAGGAGCUCUACCUCAUUGACAAUGAGAACACCUUCUUCUCACCAUCCAGGAGAAACAGAAUAGUGUACUAUAUCCUAACACGGUGCCCCUAUGGAACAGAAGAAGGGAAGAAAAAGUUUGGAAUUAAAAGAUUGUUAAGUAAUGGCACCUACACAGCUGCUUACCCUCUCCAUGAUUGCCAAUACUGGAAGAAGGCAAAUGAUCCAAACUGUGACAAUGAGAGAUACACAUUGUACAUGGAAUGGGCCAGGUUUUUACGGUUUUACAAGGAGCAGCCUUUGGAUCUCAUUAGGAAGUACUAUGGAGAGAAGAUUGGAAUCUAUUUUGCCUGGCUGGGUUUCUACACAGAAAUGCUGUUCUUUGCAGCAGUGGUUGGCUUAAUCUGUUUUCUCUAUGGUUUGUUUACAAUGGAUGAAAAUAUGAGCAGCACAGAAAUCUGUGCCCCUGCAAUUGGAGGAGAGAUCAUCAUGUGUCCUCUUUGUGAUGAGAAGUGUGAGUACUGGAAGCUAAACACCACAUGUGAAUCCUCAAAGUACUCCCAUUUGUUUGAUAACGUGGCAACACUUUUUUUUGCAAUUUUCAUGGGCAUAUGGGUAACACUUUUCUUGGAGUUUUGGAAGCGGCGACAAGCUAGACUCAAAUACGAAUGGGAUUUGGUUGAUUUUGAAGAGGAACAGCAACAGCUCCAGCUGAGGCCAGAAUAUGAAGCCAAAUGUACCCGCAAGAAAAAGAAUCCAGUGACUCAGGAGAUGGAGCCUUAUUUGCCUCUAACUAGCCAGGCUGUACGGUUCUGCAUCUCAGGAACUACAGUGUUGUUCUGGAUCUCUCUGAUCAUAGCAAGUAUGAUAGCUGUGAUAGUGUACCGUCUUGCAGUCUAUGCUGCCUUUGCCAGCAUCAUGGAGAAUACACAAACUCUGCAACCCAUCAGUGGAUUACUGACCCCACAGCUGGCAACUUCAGUCACUGCAUCAUGCCUGAACUUUGUCAUCAUCAUGAUACUGAAUUUCUUAUAUGAGAAAAUAGCUGUCUGGAUCACUGAUAUGGAGAUCCCAAGAACUCACCUGGAGUAUGAGAACAGACUCACUAUGAAGAUGUUCCUGUUCCAGUUUGUCAACUACUACUCAUCCUGCUUCUAUGUGGCUUUCUUCAAAGGGAAAUUUGUGGGAUACCCUGGCACAUAUACAUACAUGUUUAGUCGCUGGAGAAACGAAGAGUGUGAUCCUGCAGGCUGCCUGAUUGAACUGACAACACAGCUCACCAUAGUUAUGGCCGGCAAACAGAUUUGGGGAAAUAUACAAGAGGCCAUUGUACCCUGGAUUUGGAAUUGGUGGGGACGCAGGAAAGCCAGAUGUAAUCCAGAGAAUUUAUAUAGUCGCUGGGAGCAGGAUCAUGAUCUGCAGAGCUUUGGAGCCUUGGGGCUAUUCUAUGAAUAUCUAGAAAUGGUCAUUCAGUUCGGAUUUAUUACUCUGUUUGUGGCCUCUUUUCCACUGGCUCCCCUUCUUGCACUGAUGAAUAAUAUCUUGGAGAUUCGAGUAGAUUCCUGGAAGCUUACCACUCAGUUCAGGAGGCCUGUUGCUGCCAAAGCCCACAGUAUAGGAGUUUGGCAAGAAAUUCUAAAUGGAAUGGCCAUCUUGUCUGUUGUCACUAACGCCUUUAUUGUAGCCUUCACAUCUGAUAUGAUCCCUCGUUUAGUUUACUACUAUGCCUAUUUUACAAAUGAAGAUUCACCCAUGUCUGGAUACAUUAACAACAGUCUAUCUGUGUUCCAAGUCUCAGAUUUUCUAGAGGGAAAAAGGCCUGAAAAUAAUCCAGAGAACUUUCUCACAUGCAGGUACAGAGACUAUCGAUAUCCACCAGGCCACGAGAAGAAAUAUUUACACACUAUGCAGUUUUGGCACAUUCUUGCUGCAAAAAUGGCCUUUAUCAUUAUAAUGGAGCAUAUUGUGUUCAUUGUCAAAUUCUUUGUGGCCUGGAUGAUUCCAGACGUUCCAGCAGAGGUGAAAGCCAGAAUAAAACGUGAAAAGUUCUUAACUCAAAAAAUCCUGCAUGAAUAUGAACUCAAUAAGCUGAAGCAGAAACUGUGUGAAUGCAAGACGUCUGAAAACAUGGAAAAGGAAGUAAUUGCCACAGAAGGAAAAGUGGAGUUAUCCCAGGCAAUGUAGCUGGAGGGGCUAUCCAAUUUUAGUCCCUGAAACUCUAGUCCUUAUUUAUCUGUGAUCUGCUCAGUAUGCAGUAUGUUGAAAGCCAUAUGAUAGUUUUAACCCUUUGCUUUCAGUCCAAAGAUUUUAAACAUUUGCUUUUCUAAAAGACACAUGUUACUGAGUAUUGUAGGCUUGGUAAAUACUAUUUCUCAAUUUCCCUGUUUUGUAGCUGUUUUGUAGCUACCCAUCGGUCUGGACAAUGGAUAAAUCUCAUGGGUCUAAACAUCAAUAUAUUAUUUGGAAAUCCUGUGACACUGAUUCCCAGCGUAGGGGUUGUGACUCUCCCCAAGAGGUUGUGAUCAGGUGUAUGAGGGUCAUGACUACCCUGAGCUUCCCAUACUUCUAAAUGGGAGAAGGAAGGGCAGUACCAACUAGCUCCCAGCUAGAUGGCAAGGUAUGUACUGGACAGCUCCUGCUACGGAGAAGAUUGAGAAUGAGUGUUUAGAACAUCACAACGUAAUUAGCUAACAUUGGAGGCAGAAUGAUAUUUUUUUGUAUCCACUACAUUUCAUAUAUAAUAUUUGUUCACGGGCUUGCAACUUGUAUUCCUUUUUUUAGGAAGAUGUGUUUUAAAGAUAUAUUGACUUAAUUCUACUUUGGAUUUUUUAAGGCUCAGAAUUGAGAGAGGCUAAAUAACUAAAGAUAUCCUAUCUCCUAGAACUGGAAGAGACCUUGAAAGGUCAUUGAGUCUAGCCCCCUGCCUUCACUAGCAGGACCAAGUACUGAUUUUGCCCCAGAUCCCUAAGUGGCCCUUUCAAGGAUUGAACUCACAACCCAGCAUUUAACAGGCCAAUGCUCAAACCACUGAGCUAUCCCUCCCCAUUGAGAAGCUAUCCCUCGUAAUGAAGAAAAAGAAUAGUUUAAUUUAUUUUCAAUUUUUUACUCUGAAUAAUCCUCAUCUGCUAAAGAGUUUCCUCAUAAUAAAGUUUAGACAUUGAAAGUUUGUGGAAUAAUCUGCUAGUUACAGUACUUUUGCCAGGGUUUGAUAGUUUAGUUUAGAUUACAUUAUUUAAGGAAACUUAGCUGUUUUAGUUCUUAACUCUACAAGACAUCAUUUGAAAAACUAUACUAAGUUAGUAGGGGUCUGCCCCGUCAUAUGAUUUCUGAUUAUGCACAUGUUAUCUCUGAGAAUGACAACAAAGGGAUAAAAUGGUUUGAACCGCCUAGUCAGAAAUUCUUCAGGAAUUAACCACAGGGCUGUGAAUUUUGAACAGACCCCAGUGUGGGGUAGCUGGACUGUAAUACAAAUUGAUCUAUAUAUGUCAUUGUGUUUGUAUGUGAAUGUGAUUAUAAAGCGAUAAAGUGAAGUAUUCUUAAUAUUUUAAAAAUGCCAAGCAAUGUACAUUUAUGUAGCCAUUGUCCUGAUAGUAGGAACCCUUGAAUUUUUUUGUUUUUAAUCUUGCCAUGAAGAAACCUUUUUUAUUUUGUCAUGGGGCUGUCUGCAAAGGUAUGAAGUAUAUUACUUGUCAGCUAUUUGUGCAAGAUAGCUACAAGCUGUUUAUGAGCACUGCCCUUGCUGUAUAAUUCUAAUUACAAAGAUUUUACUGAUUUUACUAUAUUUUAAAGACAUAUCAACCUUACAAUGCUUAGUGCCUUGUUUAUAUGCAUUUUACACAAGAUGUGAAAAUGCUAGCUGUAUAAUUAAAUUAUAUAGCAUAUCUUAAAAGUGAACCUGCAGGCAUCAUGAAACUUUGAACCUCCAUAUGGCAGUGCAUAAUGUUGGCUUAGCAAUGACUACAUAUGCAAACUUCAGUUUGUCAGUGCUAUGCAAAAGAGUGGAAAGCACUGUGAAGUGGACUGCGAGCUGAAGACGCAAUGGAUUUGCUGUAUCCUCCCAAAAUGUAGUAUGCUAGAUAGUGAUAUUUGGAAUUUUAGUAUAUCUGCACUUUGAAAGUUAUAGUUACUCAAAUGUACCAGACCAAAACCCCCAUCAUCUAUUUUGCCUUUCAGCUAAAGCACUCAUAGUUUACUAAAUCCACAAGUUUUCGGUUCCACUUUUGGUUUUAGCAGAGCAAACUUGUGAAUCAGAAAAAGAAUAUAAUAAAUACCUGGCUAAUUAGCUGAUUAUUAUAACAGAGUUUUAAAUCUGUGUCUUGGGCAGAACUAACAUUACUGGUAGAAUUUCUAAUGAUAAAAUGUUUACCUCGAAUGAACAUCACAUGAUUCUCCUACCGGCCAGGAAGGUUAAGAAGAUGUACAUCUCUUUCCAUUGUAAUUUAGCAAGGUGUGCUUUAAGAGCAGAGUGGCAACUGACCACAUUUGAUGACUGAAUACUCACUUGGCUUUCUUAGACAGGCUUCCCAGAAUCUUUAUUGACGUGGAUGUCCCCAGGGCUAUUUGGUUAAAUCUGUAACAUUGGCGAUUAGUAUAUGUGGUGAGCUGAGAUUGCGCGGUAACAUUGAUGUAACUUUAAAAACUCUGAUUCAUUGUAGAAAUGCAUGUAUAGCUAAGAUUAGUCUGCUGCUUAAGAGCGUAUGUUAUAUUAUGAAGUGCAAUAAGCCAAAGAUUCAUUACAAUUGCUGUAAUUCUGUAUACUCUGCCCAACCAUAGUAAACGAUACAAGCACUUUGCUGCUUUUUACACAUAUUUUACAAAUACUGUAAAUUAAAUGGAGAACGUGCAGUUUUCAUAUUAUUAUCAUGUUUAAAUUAUUUUCAUAAUUUUGUUACUGUUAGCAACUGGCAAAGCAUGUGUAAAGUAGUAAGGUGAAAAGAUACAACAUGGUAAUGUAACCUCUGAACAAGAUGCACAAAAGGUCUGCUUUCAAGUUAAAAAUCAGUAAACUCAGUAUCUGAUGUUGUAUUAAUGCAGAUUUAAGAGAAUGUCAAUUACUCCAAGUCUUCGUAGUUUAAAAAAAAAAAGUCUUAGUUUGCCACACUUGAAAAGUUUCCAGCAGUGUAGUUGUGUUGGCAAUGGACAAUGCAUCUUAAAAAACAAGAAGGAGAGAAACAAAUAACUUAAAGAUAAGGAUGCAGCACUGAUGUGCAGAAGCACCAGGUAGUAAAACAAUGAAGCUGAUUUAACAUGUGGCCCCAUUUCUUACUUCUAGUUCAUUUUCGGAGAGCACUUAUUAUGUAAUCUUAUACUCUAGGAACAUUGGGUUGUUUUCUUCACAUACUAUAGUAUAUAUUGAAAAGUGAAAAACUCUGGGAUCAGCUUUAAACAUACACAUAUUUUACACUUUAAAGCAUCACUUUUUGGCGUGCACAAAAAACUAUUUAAAAGAGUAAAUUAUCAUGAAAUUAACAGCUAAAGAUACAUAAGAACAGGUCGGUUUAAGCUGUCUCAGAAUUUAACUAUUUACCUUUUCUUUGUUAGUGGCUAAGCAUUGUUUCAACAAACUUUUAUUAGCAUAACUAGGGUUAUAGCCUUUCACAGAUUAUAUUUUUUUUCCUGAAAGGUAUUGCAAAGUGGCAAAAAUAAAAGCCAUACUGGGAAUCUGAAAGUAUUAAAUAUUCUGUGUUAGGUUUUUGUACAUUUGAAUACCUAGUUUUGAUGUUGAACAUUAAUUCUGAACGUACAAAAUACACACAUGACUUAGCCAAAAGGCCAAGAACUAUAACUGUAUAUAUGUCUCUAAAAGUGUCCUUUAACCACAGUGAAACGAGUUCGGUGUUGUAGCUACUGUAACUUUUUGGCAACAGUGGAUUGCUUCAAUAGAAUUAGUAAAUGAAGAAGAUUAUUGGCUUUUAAGUAUAAAGAGUAAUCCGAUCAGGGAAUUUUUUCCCCAAUAUAGUGGUGAUAUUUGUGCUAUAGAAAGAUUUAACAUGCGAUGAUAUAAGCAAAUGACCAGGAAAUAAGCGUUCAACCACAAAACACUAUACUGUUUUUCUAGCAAAUUUAUUACUGUGGUUUAUCUUUUUUAUGUUAAUUGUUUAAUGUUGCCAGUUUCAGACUGCAGGAGAAAGUGGCAGGGAAGGAUAGAUUUUCUUACUGAGCUGUUUGCCUCUUUUGCUUCCAACUGAUAUUGUCAUGUAAAUGGACUGGUAUUUUUGACUGUUAAGUAUCGUACUGAUGUAUAUGAUUCACUAAUCCUGGGAUAAUUUUUUAAACAUUGCAUUAAACUAGCCUAUGUGUACAAUACUGAGAUUUAAAAUGCAUUGGUGAAUAAAGCAAUGUUUAUUUUUUAA